AUGAAGCAUACAAUACUAAGCGCAGUCAUCCUCCUCCCCCUUGCCUACAGCAGAACCGCCAAAGAGCUAUGUCGCGGUACCGCUGAACUAUCCUCUGAUGGCAACUGGUACUGUUCUGAGGUCUGGGCCAUCACCUACCGCAACAUCAGCCAGCCUGGUGCCUACAAUCGGACCACUACAGUCGAUCCAAAGACUGGUAUCUGUGGUCAUGAACGUGUCGACUAUCCUAGCGCAGGACCACUGACACCAUUGUUCGGACAACAUCCAGAUGGACAGCCCUUCGAGAUCCCUUCACCCUCAUCAUCAUCAUCGCAAGACACAUUACCAGUGUCCCAGCGUCCAGACGGACAGCUCUUCGAUUCCCCUUCGCCCUCACCGUCAUCAACACAAGACAUAUUACCGGUGUCGCAGCUGCCAGAUGGACAACCUAUUCAAUUCCCCUCGCCCUCGCCAUCAUCGAUGCAAGGCAUAUUGACGGUGUCUCAGCGCCCAGAUGGACAGCCUAUCGUACCCUCGCCUUCACCUUCUACCCCACAAGAGACGCUACCAGUAUCGCAGCGACCGGAUGGACAGCCUUUUGACAUCCCUUCGCCCUCACCGUCACCUCCACAAAACCCAUUACCAGUAUCACAGCGUCCAGAUGGACAACCUUUUGACAUCCCUUCGCCCUCGCCAUCGCCCAUUUCGAAGAGGCAGGGUUCAGAUUGGAAGCGGAUAGCAUACUACACGUCUACAUCACCGGCUCAAGCCACCGGGCUCAGCUUCAUGGCCAACCUGGGUGAUCCCCAAAAGUCUGGUACUUUUGACUAG